UGCCUUCCACUAAACCCACCCACUUCUACCCAUCCUAUGAUGAAGGUAUGGCGAUGACGUGAGCAAAGCCAUGGACACGGGCAUCCAAUCAGUGAUCAACGUGGGCGUGGCCGCGUUCAACGUGGACAACUUGGGUAUCAAGGGCGUCCUGAAGACUGCCGGCAAACAGACGGCUAAAGCUGUGGUCAAAGAGCCAAACAAUACCACGCAGGUCACAGUCGGAGACCACAACCACACUGUCAACGGAGGACCAGCGGAGAAAGAGAUGUGGGAGAGGAAGAAGGAUGAGGAAGAGAAGAAAUAGAUGUCCUACUCAUUUAUGUGGCUCUUGUCUAUUUGGCCCCUAUAUAUUUUAGCCCCUAUAUCUUUUGGCCCCUCAGUGUGUUCAUAGGCCCCUAUAUCUUCUGGCCCCUAGUGUGUUAAUAGGCCCAUAUAUAUUUUGGCCCCUCAGUGUGUUUAUAGGCCCCUAUAUCUUCUGGCCCCUCCGUGUGUUCCUAGGCCCCUAUAUCUUCUGGCCCCUCAGUGUGUUAAUAGGCCCAUAUAUAUUUUGGCCCCUCAGUGUGUUAAUAGGCCGUGAUAUAUUUUAUCCCCUCUCUUUGCUAAUAGACUCGUAUCUUUUGGCCCUCUGUGUUCAUAGGCCCCUAUAUAUUUUGGCCCCUCUGUGUUCAUAGAUCUGAAUGGGGUAGAUACUGUACAUGUAAGAAUCAUGGUGAUGGCUCCUCACUAUCUCCAGUUUGCAAAAAAAGGAGCUUGCAUCAUAUUGUUUUUAAUCUAUCCAGACCUUUCGCUGUAGGGUGAAGUUGCCCCUAAAAGCUGAUCUUGGGUGCAGUUUUGUAUCCUCCCCCUCUAAUGGUUAAGGUUAAGGUUAGGAUUGGGGUUAAGGUUAGGAUUGGGGUUAAGGUUAGGAUUGGGGUUAAG